AUGUCGCUCGCUCGUCAAAACUACCACUCUGAGGUUGAGGCUGCCGUCAACAAGCAGAUCAACAUCGAACUCUAUGCUUCGUACGUCUAUCUUUCGAUGUCCUUCUACUUCGAUCGUGACGACGUUGCUCUCCCAAACAUUGCCAAGUUCUUCAAAGCCCAAUCGGAUGAAGAACGUGAGCAUGCCACUGAAUUGAUGCGUGUUCAAAAUCUCCGUGGAGGACGUGUCGUUCUUCAAGACAUCCAGAAGCCAGAAAAGGACGAAUGGGGAACCGCUUUGAAGGCUUUCGAGGCUGCUUUGGCUCUUGAGAAGUUCAACAACGAGUCUCUUCUGAAGUUGCACUCAACUGCUGACGGACACAAUGACGCUCAUCUUACCGACUUCAUCGAAGAGAAGUAUUUGGAUGAACAGGUCAAAUCGAUCAACGAGUUCGCUCGUAUCGUCGCCAAUUUGAAGAGAGUUGGACCAGGAGUUGGAGAGUACGUCUUCGAUAAGGAGCACUUCUCCGAUUAA